CGAGUAUUUUAGAAAACUCUACCCGACGGGUUAAGAGUUGGUAUAGGGUAAACCCGCACCCGACCCUACCCAUUGCCAUUCCUAGAUGAGACUUACUCGGAUGUAUUAGCAAAAUUGAAAAAAAAAGACCAAAUUAUAUCUGUUCAUGGUUGACUUCCGCGUGGCAACAUUUUGCAAUCCCUCCUUCGUCCCCCACCAAAAAAAAAAAAAAAUACACGAAUGGAGAAUUGUAGAUUAGACUAUUGAUCAGACAUUUUCACGUGGAAGCCUUGCUUUGAUUUUUCAAGUUGGAAAAUCAUAUCCGUGCUUCAUUAUUGCCCGGAAAAAAGGAAAAAAAUAUAUGGCAUUUGCAUGAUUACAUUAUUACCCUUAUCAUGAGCUAAUCAAAAUUAUUGAAGUUUUUUUUCCUUAAAAUCAGUUUUGACUUUGUUCAAUCGGAAAUUUGAUUUCAAAUCGUCCAAACCAAUGACUACGAUCAGCUCAAUCAUGCUCAGGUCAUGGUUUAACGGGUCAUACCUGAGCAACAUUUGACAAUAUCGUACUUCGCUAUCAUCAUCCCACCUUGUAACAAGUGGUUGUCACUACUUACACCAUUCCAAUUAAAAGUCAUCUUUUCUGUAGUACUAGGAGCCUAUUCAUCUACUAAAGAAUGAUAUAUAAGAGCAUCUCCAACAACUAAACCAAAAUGUCAAAAAUGCUAAAAUACCACCUCCAACAACAAUUGGGAAAAGCCAAAAAGCCAACAAUACCAACAAAAAAAAAAUAAUUGCCAAAUACCCACCAGAAAAGACAAGAAAUGUCAGAUUCUCUCACAAGAUUAAAAAAUUCAGUUUCAGUCCCUAAAUUAAAUUCCAAUGACUCUAUUAACCUCCAAUAACUUUUUUUCGUCAUUAAUGAUAUCAUAUUUGAACAUGUGAAGUGUUUAUGGUCAACUUGAACCAAUUAUUGUGAUUUCGUCAUUGAUGACAUCAUAUCUAACGAUAAAUUUUAAAUUCAAAAUAAAAAAAAAUUAUAUCGAAACGUUCGUCUUAAUUAAUUAGUGCUACCUAUAUAUAGAUAAUCUACAAAUUAUCUAAUUGAAAUGAUGAAAUCGACACUAAACUAGAUUGUCACAAAAAGAGAAGAUUUGGCCUUUUGACAUUUUGGAAUUGCUUGUUGGAUAAAAAACCCAUUUUUGGAGUGUCAAAAUACCAAAACCAUUUCGCAUUCUAGCAUUUUCUCAAUUCCUUGUUGGAGAUAGUCUGAAAAAGGAUGGAAAAAAAAAAAUUUAACCUAAUUGCUUUUUCCCUAUAAUGAUAUCCAAGAAGAAACACCAAAGGAAAGGGUGGUCCUAAUUUGUUAGGUAUCCAACAACUUGCAAUCUUGAUACAAACAAAAUGGAUUCCUUUUCCUCCUCUUGGGAGCUCCUCCUAAUUUCCCACCCAUUCUCUCCAUUUCUUCUUCCCAUUUUGUCUAGGGUCGUUUUCCCACCUUUUCCCAUUUUUGCCAAUAGUAAACACAGGAGAUUUUUUUUUUUUAAAUCAAUUGAUUUAUUAGGGUUUUUAAAAAAAAUGAUACAGAAGUAUCUAGAGACACUCCAACUCUCUACCUCCCUUCCUUCGUUUGCAGCCCCAAUAAAUACCGGCCGUCGCUCUUCGGUCUUCCCCAACGUCGCUUCAAGUUCAAACAAUCAGCGGCGAGGAAACUGCUAAACCCAGAGACAGAGAUGGGGCGGCCCAGGGUUUUCUUCGACAUCAGCAUCGGCGGCGAGCUUGAAGGGCGGGUCAUAGUGGAGCUCUACAACGACGUCGUCCCCAAGACUGCUGAAAACUUCAGGGCUCUCUGCACUGGGGAGAAAGGCAUUGGUCCCAACACCGGCGUCCCUCUCCAUUUCAAGGGAUGCCGGUUUCAUCGGGUCAUUAAAGGGUUCAUGGCACAAGGAGGAGACAUCUCUGCAGGGGAUGGAACUGGGGGGGAAUCCAUUUAUGGGUUGAAGUUCGAUGAUGAAAAUUUCGAACUGAAACACGAGAGAAAAGGAAUGUUAUCCAUGGCAAAUUCUGGACCCAAUACAAACGGUUCACAAUUCUUCAUCACCACCACUCGCACUUCCCAUCUGGAUGGGAAGCAUGUUGUGUUUGGCAGGAUUGUGAAAGGAAUGGGAGUUGUUAGGUCGGUUGAGCAUGUUCCUACUGCUGAAGGUGAUAUUCCGACUCUCGAUGUUACCAUAGCUGAAUGUGGAGAGAUUCCUGAAGGAGAAGAUGAUGGGAUAACCAACUUCUUCAAUGAUGGGGAUGAGUAUCCCGACUGGCCAGUUGACCUUAAUGAGAGCCCUGAAGAGCUUACUUGGUGGAUGGAUUCUGUGGAUUCUAUAAAGUCUUUUGGUAACGACCACUUCAAGAAACAAGACUAUAAGAUGGCUCUUAGGAAGUAUAGGAAGGCUUUGCGUUAUCUGGAUAUCUGCUGGGAGAAAGAAGGGAUUGACGAAGGGAAGAGUUCAGCAUUGAGGAGGACAAAGUCUCAAAUCUUCACUAAUAGCUCUGCUUGUAAGUUAAAAAUGGGGGAUAUUAAAGGAGCAUUGCUGGACACAGAUUUCGCUAUGCGCGAGGGAGAAAACAAUGUGAAAGCUCUAUUUCGCCAAGGACAGGCAUACAUGGCUCUCAAUGAUAUAGAUGCUGCUGCUGAAAGCUUCACCAAGGCAUCGCAGUUGGAACCCAAUGAUGCUGGAAUACGAAAGGAGCUGCUGGCUGCUAAGAAAAAGAUCAAUCAGAGAAACGAGGUGGAGAAAAACCAGUACAAGAAGAUGUUCCAAUAGCGAUCCUUGAUAUAACUGGCAGGUGAGAUAUACAGCUAGUCCAUUGGAGAACGUACAUCACCUCAAAUCUUAGUCACACAAAAUGAUAGUUCUCCCUUUUCCACCAUUUGUCAAAAGGCUUUUGCUUUAGCUGCAUUUUUCUUUUGUUUGAAGAACUUCUCUGGUUUUGUUCUUGGCAAGAUGAUCAGUUAUAUCCAGUUUCCAAACCGAGUCUUAAUCGUAGAAUCUUCGAUCUGGAUUGCUUGUUAAUAUAAACUCAUCGGCCCA